GCCUUGUACAUAGAUAAAUAUAUAUGUAGCAAGGCCUUGUAUAGAAAGUUUUACAAAGGUACCAAAUACAUUGAUAAAAUUAUUGAUAUCUACUGCUAGGAAACCAAACAAAAUGACAAAAAAAUCAAUAAAUUUAGAAGUCGAUCCUUCUAUAAUGGAAAAAAAUAUGAGAAUUAUAAAAGAUAAUCCAGUUGAAGAGGAAUUAAAUAAAUUACUUUCUUCAGUUGAUUCAGUCCCAUCUAAGCUCGUUAAACCUAGACCAGGUAAAACCAAAAAUUACCAAUUAGAAUUAGGUAUAUUUCGAUUUUUAAUUCUUUCAUUGCAUUUGGUAUUUGUGACUUGACUGCAACUUUAUAAUUUAAGGUUUUUGUGUUAAAACAUUUACAAAGCCUGAUAACAAGAAGGUUUUUGUGAACAUUUGUUUAACGGAAGCCAUACCAUGUCCGAGAGAUAUUACCAAUGAUGAGUUGAUGCAAAUAUUGAGUUCUGAUGAUCCCUCCAGUUACAGAGUACCUAUGAGCAUAGGGGAAGGUCGAACAGAAUUAGAUAAGUCUGGAGCACCUGCAACAGUGUAUGAUGUGGCGAUCAAUCCAAAUUUCUUCAGUAAAAUUGAGAAAGAUGAUUUGUUUCAAACAUUUUUUCUCACAGUUGUCUUUGAAGGAUUACAAGACAAAUAUCAGUUUGAAAUUGACUCACAAAAGUAUUCAGUUUUGAAGAAUAGGAAAUCUAUUGGUACACUUCAAUCUCAUAGAAUUCAAAUUCGAGAUAUUAAAACAUGUAAUGCAGAAACUAAGCCACUGAUAGAAGAAAUUCUUACUGAAUCUGGCCCAAAAAUGAAUGAAAUGCCUACACAAAUAAAGAAAGCAAUAGUGUAUAGACUAAGAAGAGAGCCUCCGACUGGUGAAAUACAAUAUUUAUUGGCUGAAUUUAGAAUUCCAGCAUCAGUAAGUAUAUUACAAGUUUUGUCUUGCAGUCUAAGAUAAAAUCAAAAGGUAGAGGGUCUGAAACUUGCAUUGACUAAAGGCAUAAUCUGCCUUGUCAAUCGGUCAGUCCACUGAUCAGAUAAAUGGGAAAUUUGAAACAAUGAAAAACUAUUAUAUUAAUAUAUAAUAAAUAUAUAUUAUACACACUUUGGAUUGACUAACUUAUAAUUCUUCAACAUAUCUAUAAAAAAAUAACUAAUUGCACAACAAGAAAAAUCCCUAUUGACAGGGCCAGAUUAAGCCACGCAAAGAGCCAUAUGUAGUGUAAGUUGACCCCCUCUUUCUUUUCCUAAUCUCCUACAUCACUCGUCUCGCGCGCAGACUUGACGACUUCCAGCCUCCCGAACAAGCCGGUUUCCGAAAGGGCUUUAGCACCAUAGACCACAUACAUACCCUUCGGCAAGUUGUACAGAAGUCCGAAGAGUACAAUUUGCCACUAUGUCUGGCGUAUGUGGACUAUGAGAAAGCCUUUGAUUCCGUCGAAAUUUGGGCGGUGCUGCAGUCCCUUCAGCGGUGCCAAGUUGACUGUCGGUAUAUCGAAGUGUUGAAGUGCUUGUACAGUAGGGCUACGAUGGCUAUCCGAGUACAGAACCAGAGUACGAAACCUAUCCAAUUGCAGAGAGGUGUAAGACAGGGUGACGUCAUAUCCCCGAAACUCUUCACCGCUGCAUUGGAAGACGUUUUCAAGCUUCUGGACUGGAAAGGAUACGGUAUCAACAUCAAUGGCGAGUACAUCACUCACCUUCGAUUUGCCGACGAUAUAGUCCUUAUGGCAGAAUCGCUGGAGGACCUAAGCACUAUGCUCAAUGACCUCAAUAGUGUUUCCCAACGGAUAGGUCUUAAGAUGAACAUGGACAAAACUAAGAUCAUGUUUAAUGUCCAUGUCACACCUAUGCCGAUAGUUGUUGGGAACACUAAGCUCGAAGUUGUUGACGAGUAUGUUUACCUGGGACAAAUAGUCCGACUGGGUAAGUCCAACUUCGACCGAGAGGUCAAUCGACGGAUUCAACUCGGCUGAGCAGCGUUCGGGAAGCUACGACACAUCUUCUCGUCAGACAUACCUCAAAACCUUAAAACGAAAUUGUACAACCAGUGCGUGUUGCCAGUGAUGACUUACGGAACUGAGACGUGGUCCUUCACUGCUGGCCGUAUGAGGAAGCUCAAGGUCGCUCAGCGAGCUAUGGAGAGGGCUAUGCUCGGAGUUUCUCUGCGUGAUAAACUUAGGAAUGAGGAUAUCCGCAGUAGAACCAGAGUGACCGACAUAGCCCAACGGAUUAGUAAGCUGAAGUGGCAGUGGGCCGGCCAUAUAGCUCGAAGAACCGACAACCGAUGGGGAAGAAAGGUUCUUGAGUGGCAGCCUCGUACCGGUAGGCGAAGUGUAGGGCGUCCCCCCACGAGAUGGAGUGACGACCUGGUAAGACAUGCAGGAAGUCGAUAGAUGCAGGUGGCUCAGGACCGUGUUUUGUGGCAUUCUUUGGGGGAGGCCUAUGUUCAGCAGUGGACUUGUGAAGGGCUGUAAUGAUGAUGAUGAUGAUACAUCACAUAAAAAUGCUUUCUACGAAAUUUUUUUUUUAGUAUAAUAUAAACAUUGUAAUAUUUGACAGGUAGAUAUAAAAGACUUACAUUUAGAGGUUGGGGAAGACAGGCUAGUUUUGGAUUCUAAAGGUCAAUUUGAUUCGGUGGAUUUCUUUCUACCGUGCAGUGUUGAUCAAGAGAUUAUAGAAGCUCAAUUGAAUAGAAAUAAUGAUAUACUGUCAGUGAAAAUGCCUGCAAUACAUUAAAAUGAAUAUUAAUUUGAAUAUAAUACACAAAAGAAAGCAGUAACAUCAUGACUAUGAAUUUUAAUGCUUGUUUUGAACACACAAAUUAAUGUUUGCAUGAUGUAAAGGAUUUCUAGAAGGAAUUUUAUAUUCAUUGUUUUCAUUGUUAUAAAAUAAAACACAAGAGUAAAGAUUAUUUAUCAUUU